ACCACGACCGCGCCGUAUGCGUUGGUCGUGCUCAACGGUCACUACAGCAGCGACGCCGCGCUCGGCCGGCUGCGGAGCGGUGCACGCUUCUGCGUCUGCGGCGAUGGCGGCGCAAACAUACUGCACAGCUUUGCGAGCGCGCGCACGUCCGGAUCGCACGAUCUCUUCUCGCUGCGGCCUCCGGAUGCCAUCGUCGGCGACUUCGACUCGAUCGACCCGACGGUCCGCGAGAGCUAUGCGCGCGACGGCGUCGAGAUCUCAGAGCUGUCGGACCAAGACUCGACCGACUUUGAAAAGUGCCUGGGGAGGGUGCACGCGUGGUGCAGUGACGCCGCCGUGGGCGCGGUGCCCGCGGCGGAGCUCAUCGUCUGCGCGGUCGGCGCCUUUGGCGACCGGCUCGACCACGAGUUUGCCGCCAUCAACGUGCUGCACGGCGACAGCGCGUCGCGCUUCAAGCGCGUGCUGCUGCUCUCCGAGGCGGCGUCGGCGUGCGUGCUGCCCGCAGGCCGCUCCGUCAUCCGGCCCGACGCCGCCCUCGAGGGACCGACCUGCGGCUUGCUGCCCGUGGGUGGGCCUUGCGUCUGCAGCACCAGCGGGCUGCGCUGGGACCUCUCUAGCACGCCGAUGCGCUUCGGCGGCCUCGUGUCGCGCUCU